AUUUUAUCACAAUUCCCGCAACGCAAAUUUUGCUCUCGUCAGGGUCACGUCGCCUCGAAAUCUUGCUUUUUGCAUGGUGUUUUGAAUUAUUUGACUUGGACAAUUAAGUUUUCAAUGGCUCAAUAUUUAACGUACCGUACAUUUUGAAACGGAAUCGCCAUGAGCAGCAGGGGGAGCUACAGUCAGAAAAAGAAAAAGGAAGCAGUUCGUCGACUCAGCCAGCAGCAUUCCCGUCAUGCAUCUAGAGCAGGACCUUCUAGUGGACUCCAUGAUGCUGAAAGGAGGAGGAGGAGUCUGGAGAAGAGACGAAGGUCAGAUGAAGAUCCUGAUCACAGUGAUCGGCUUAGAAAAAGAGAUCCUGGAAAGCGAUUUAUCAGUCCAAUGAACAACCCAGACCUGGCUCCAACUACUUCAGUUUCAGACACUUCAAAGGAUGGACUGUUUGGAAAGUCAAGCAGCAUUCCCUCUGACUCUGUGACAUCAGAUCUUGCCACAGAGGGAAACAUUGAAUCCAUGCCUGGAUCUUCUCUUUUUUCUCAAGCAUCGUCUUCUGGAACUUCCCUGUUUGGUCAAGACUCCUCCUCUGGGAGUGCGCCAUCUGGCUUGUUUGGUAAACCAAGUGUCUCCACAUCACCUUCUGUGUUUGGAUCUCAGUCAAGCACAUUUGGAUCUUUUGGUACAGAACUAAAACCAUCCAUCUUUGGACAGGGUAUUGAUUCCGAUUCUUCCAUUGAGGAUGUAGGAAUCAAACAACCCUCUUUCCAGGUAGUAUUUGGUUCUGUUGGUGAUGAUGAAGCUGGUACUGGUAGAACUGUUGAGGCCCAAGAUGCUCCUUUAUCGAACCGACGUGUUCUCUCCAGAGAUUCAGCUUCAAAGGAGACUACAAGAACCAGUGGUUCCUUUGGACAUGUAUCCCCUCUCAAGAAUGAAGGUGUCUUUCAGCAGUCUAGGAGAACCUCUCUCAAGAGAGACCUCUCACCUUCCAAACCAUCUUCGGUAUCUCAGCGUCCGCUUACUUCUCAUGAUGAUGUCUUUGGGUCGGACAUAUCAGAUAUGGAAAGCUUUGGAUCGGCGCCCUCAAAGCCGAAGAUUGAAAAGGAGAGCAUGCAGGGGAGGGCAUCAGUCAAGAGGAGUGGUCUGUUUGGCAGGGCUAUAGAGGAUGCAAGUGGACACAGGGAGACUGAUUCCAAGAAACAAAGAAAUCAAGAAACAUCACCAAAAGAUUCUUUGACAAAGAGGAAAGAGACUUCAGUGUUUGUGAGUAGCAGAGAUAUCAAACAUCUUAAUACCAUCAUUGUUAAAGACGUACCAGAUGAGCUGAACAAUCGUAUUUACAUCAACAAUUUCUUCUCCAUGUUUGGGAAGGUAAAGAAAGUUCUUGUGAACCCUAGGAAGACAAUGGCCACAGUCUACUUUGAAGACCAUGAAUCAGCAGCGAAAGCAAAGCGUCGUGUCAAAACUUUGAAGGAUGGAACCAGACCAGUUGCAAUCUUUUGGACACAGAAAGAUAAAGGCAAAGAAAAGAGAAAGAGUGAUGAAAAUGUACCUCCGUCAACUAUUGAGAUAAAGAGAGAGACUGAGCCGGUACAGAAGAGAGAAAAGCCUCCUCCUCCUCGUCCAUCAGUCAUUGGAAGAAGCAUUAAAGGAUACCAUACUGCCUCUGAGAGAUAUGAAGCUUUGGAAGAAAGAGAUAAACAGAGCAGAAAAGGAUUGACCAAACAAAGUGACCUGGCUACAGCCAAGAAGAUGACCGGUACAUGUCCAGACAUGUGUCCAGAGAAAGAAAGAUACAUGAGAGAGGUUCAGAGAAGACUCAGUCCGUUUGAGAUAUUACAUGGGGAUAAGAUUGAGAAAGGAGAGAAUCCUCAUGUUUGCCAUGAGAGGGCGGUAAAGGAAUACAGCAGAUCAUCUGCAGACCAGGAAGAGCCAUUGCCCUCUGAACUUCGACCUCCGGCUGUUCUUGACCUGACCAUGAAUUAUCUAAUGAGAGAGAUCAUGAAUAGAGAUCCAAGGAGCUGGGCUGACUGGUUUGAUUUCUUAUGGAACAGGACAAGGAGUAUCCGCAAGGAGAUUACACAACAGCAGCUGUGUGGGACUACAGCUGUUAGUCUAAUGGAGAAAUGUGCAAGGUUUCACAUAUACUGCUCAUAUCGACUGUGUGAAGAAGGCCACAUGGCCUUUGAUCCUAAGAUCAACAACGAGAACUUGACAAAGUGCCUUCAGAGUUUGAAGCAGUUUUACCAUGAUCUAGCUAAUGAGGGUGUCUUCUGUCCUAACGAAGCAGAGUUCAGAGCAUAUGAGGUCUUGCUCAACCUCACCGGUGGAGAUAUCUUAAGAGAGGUCCAGCAGUAUCGACCUGAAGUAAGAAACUCUGAGGCUGUGGUUUUUGCUAUCAAGGUCUCUGCAGCUUUCAGUAGUAACAACUAUUGCAGAUUCUUCAAACUCAUCAGGGUGGCUUCAUUCUUAAACGCAUGUAUCCUCCAUCGCUACUUCGUCCAGCUUCGAUGUCUGGCUUUAGAGACGAUGAACAAAGCCUUCACCACACCCAAGGGUACCUCAAUGUUUCCUACCGCUGAACUCGUCCAUCUUCUGGCCUUUGAAGAUGAUGAACAGGCUUCGGUGUUCUGUGAGUGUCAUGGUUUGAGUAAUGCAGACGGUUGCAUCCAACUUAGCAGAGGUGGGUUCAUCUACCCGGAGGAGGCCAUCACAUCACAAAGAGCGCCCUCUGUAAUUGAAGCUAAGAAUGAUCAAUCAGUCGGAGAGGUAGUAAACAAUGGCCCUCUUCCUUUAGCUCCACCGCAUACUCCUAUAUCAAGCUUUGAUGAGAGUGGAAGACUUCUAGACAGAGGUGUGGAAGAUAAAACCGGUCAAGAAAUGGCACAACCAGAAAGGAAGAUUGAGAAAGCAGCACUACAGGAACGCCUGCAAAUCCAACAAGUGAUCCAGUUCCAGGAACCACAAACACAGGAGGUUAUUCCAGAAGUUACUCAAUAUCCACUUCAACCGGCUGUUUUACCAGCUAGGGUGGAGGAAACUAAACCCAUUAUAAACCAAGAGGUUGUUAAAGACAUUACUAAGGAGCUCUUUUUAGAUGUAAUUGAUGAGAUGAUAAGAGACCUAUCUUUAAAGUUUAUGGAUACCCUAGCUCUCAUCCAAGCAACACCUGGUGUUCUCACUGACCUCAUAGAUGCUGAACUACGUGCAUUGAGCCAUUGUGUUGCCAUGGAGACUUUAGAAGAGGAACGCUAUGCUGAGGCUGUGAGAAUAGAACAAAAGAGGGCAGCGGAAGAAGCAUCAAGAAAAGAGAAAGAAUUGAAUGCUUUGAAAGAAGAGGCCUGUAGACAGAUAACAGAGGAGAUCUUGGAUGAGAUCGUGGAGAGAACUCUUGAAGGCAUUAUUGAGAAGGAAAUCAGUGAGUAUGAAGCUGAGCUUAGGAGACAAGCCAUUGAGCGCUGCAGCUUCAUCACGUCAGAAGAGAUAUUACUUGACCUUGUCAUGUCUGAGGUCAGUGCCAUAUCAAAUGAGGUCAUUACUAUAGCAACAGCCGAGAGAGACAAGAGACUCGCAGAGAUUGCAGAGGCUUAUCGACUUAGGCAACUCAAUUUCCUUUACCAAAAAUGGUGUCGUGCUCAUGCAAAGAGGGUAAAGAUACGUCGAGCUUUGGAGACCUUUCCUGCUGGACCACCCAAUCAGAACACAGCCGAGCAGCUUGAGGUCCUCUGGCCAAAGCGAAGGGAACACUUUGGUGAAGCGCCCUCUCCUGAUGACCAAGACACAAUGUUGAGGUUGAGAGAACCUUUACCCAUGUCUCUGAGCACUCCUUAUGGUGUGGUGAGUGAGCGGGAAUCUCUAGCUAAACACAUCAUGCAGCAUCACUACCUUACCUACGUCAGACAACAGAGGGCGUGGCAACCUUUAGACCUUCCUGUCAUUUAUAAGGAAAACACCUGUCCUUCCCAGCAUGCAUUAAACCUAACACGGAUGGAUGGGGCAGCAUGCAGAUACUGGAAAGUGGUUUCCUCUCUGCCACGAGGGUCAUGUGUGGACAGGAGCCCAUGUAGUUGGCUAAUGGCUAAACUGAGGCGUGGCCAGAUUUCAAAGGAGCUUAGGAGAAGUAGACUCAGAGAUAAUGAGAAUGUGGAGACUUUGAGUCUGUUCAAUCAGAGAUGUGGUUCCAAUCCAUUGGGUAUCUGUACUAGAGCACUCAUGGGACUUCCUGAGGGCAAGGAUACCAGAUACCAACUGAUAGGAUCUUCAGGGAUCAUUCUCAUUGUAGAGGGUGAAUCACAGGCUUGUCUCAGAGAUGCCCAAGAGAGACUGAACGCUAUCCUAUCUUACAUACCUAAGAGCCCAUCUCUCCCCGUGCUUGUAUGUGUAAUAAGUGAUGAAGAUGUGACAUCAUUCCAAAGCAGUGUGUCAGAAAGUCUCAAGUUACCUCAGCUGACACAUGAAGAAGUGCUUUCAUCUUGGAGAAUGAUUAGUAUACCAUGGAAUAUUGUCAAACUAGAAGCUUCUCAGCAGCUGGAGGAAGGUAUAGGAUGGCUUGCCUCUCAUCAUCCUAGACCACCAGCUGUGAUGUGUGAGAUGAUCAAGGAGUAUCUAGAUAAUGGUUUGUCACAGUUCUUUAGCAUCAAUGUCAAUCAGCUCUCUAAGCAGAGGAAAGAAAGCGGACUGUUUCCAUUGUCACCUCAGUCGAUAGUAAGUCUGUAUAACUGUGUGAUCAGUCAUCUAUCGUCUGUAGUCAGUUCAUCAUCUCUCUCUGAUAUCUCAUGGCCUCCGACAGAGUUUACAGGUCCACAACAUCCAGAUCUUCCUACCUCAGACUGGAAUAGCCCAAGCACUCUUAGUCAUCUUCAUACAAUCAUUAACAACCUCAAGCUACAUGAUGCACCUUCCUUAGAAGACAGUGAUUGGUUAUCAGUGUCUGAAGCAUGUACCAAAUACGUAAAUGAUCUUCCAGGCAGAGACAGUGAUAAGGCACCUCUCUUAUCCAGGGUGAGAUGGUUGUUGGACAAGAGUAGACGAACCUUUGAAGAUACAUGCUUCAUGACCUUUGACACGGAAGGAUGUGAACCGUCUUCCCAGCAUGCACCAUGGGCAGACAUCUUAGAGGAAUGUGUGACGUAUAUGAUGACAACCCUGUCCCUUGGAAUGGAAGAGAGCCAAUCUUCAGGCAAUCAACUAGUGUAUUUCCACCAGUCUGAACUGGGUCAGUUUGAAUUUCCAAUCCAGUGGAAACAAGAAAUGAAUGAGACUUUAGAAGAAUCGGUGGUGCAACAUGAAAGCAUGUUUGAGUCCAUCGUUGAGGCAGUGUCAACACGUCGAUCAAGCUUGGCAGAGGAGGAGUUGAAUAAGAAAGAAGAGAGAAGAAAGAGAAGAGAGGAAGAACAAAGUCAUAAGGAUCCUAGCUUCCUUCUUCCAGAAGAUGUUACUAUGACGAUAAGUCGUACCUCAAGGGGACUCUUAAGGAGGAUGCUUGAUAAGGAACGAGAAGAGAGCAACAGGUUUGAAGCCAUGCUGACCAGCUUCCUAGAAGAGCCUGAUGAAGUCCUCCAGCAGAGUUUACAGACUAACAAACCAGAGUCAGAAUUUAGACUUCAGCUUCCACCCUUCCCAAAGGCAUCUCUAUCAAAGUCUGUAGAGGAUCACCAUCCCACGACCGAUGCACCUAUCAUCACCCUGGAAGAAUCAGACGACUCCCUCUCUGAUCAAAUCAACAGCCUGAAAGAGAGACUAGCAUCUGAGAAACAAGAAGCCUUGAUGGCUGAAAUGAGACUAAAUGCUCUACUUGGACUAUAGUAGCUAGCAUGCAUCCUUAGUAGUGACUGAAUGACCUAGCCUUUCAAGAUCUCUAGCAGUUGUUGCGAACCCCUUGUGGUUCAUGACACAGCACUUUGGAGAAUUUAAUAUAUUGGAUUGAAAGUACUUCAAGUGCAAAGGUAAUGGCUGAUCUUGAGUUAAACCAAAACUAAAUGCCCUCCUUGAUAUUUUCAACAAGCACAGAAAGAACUCUCUCCAUGCCAGACUGCUAAGACUAUAGCAUGAAGUAUUCAGAUAAAUUCAUAGACUGUGUUUCUCUAGUUGUAGUCUGCAGGCAUACAGCUCUGUCCUUUGUGGAGUAUUUUAUUACUGAUCUUAACUUUCAGUCCUUACAUGCUACCGAAAUCUCUAAGAGCUAAUAAUUCAAAUCUCUUCAUAUUAAAUGAUGUAAUAUCAGGAUAUGAAGGAAAGACUGAUCCCCAGGAAAAUUGAAGGACUCCUCUUAAAUGAAUCAGUUACACAAUAGUUAGUCUUGAUGGGAAUGUAUAAGGCUGUAGACAAUUGAAACAUUGUUUUCAAAGAUUUAAAAAAAUCAAGGUUGUAUUGAAUUGAUUAAACUUGUUAAAAUAUACAUACUCUAUUUGGAAAUGCUAACAUAAACACACAAGUAGGGUGUGUCUAUAGGCAAGGCAACAGAUCUUGCUGAAAUGAAAUGGAGAUAUUAAUCAUUAUUCUUUGUGAUGUCCAUGCAAUGGCCUGUUGGAUUGCAUAUAUUGUGGGUGGGCUUGAAUGAGGGUAAAUCAGCUAUCACUUGAAUGCUAUGUGAUUAAUGAAUCAUGUUCAUGAUUCUAUCUACAGAAGGUCAUUUUAACACAGACCUUUAACCCUAUCUAGGCCGGGGUAUUUUGGGAGUUCAUAUGGCCGGGGGGCCUCCCAGGGCCCCCCCCUAA